CACACCUGUUCACAAGAAAAGGACUUUCGUCAUACUUCUGCUGCAGCAGCUUAGCGCCGAGCGGAGUUCGGCAUUUGGCAUUGCACUCCCCGACCAAGACAUCCCAUCUUCUCCUCCCCCUCAAACAAUCCAACGCCACUCCAUCCACCAUCAAACUCCCACCCACCUCCAAAAAUGACUGCCUCCACCAUGCGCGCAUGGGUAUACACCCAGUCAGGCCUACCCUCACAAACCCUGAGACCAACGACCACCUUCCCCGCGCCAACGCCCUCCUCCCUCGGUCCCACCGACCUCCUCAUCGAAGUCGACUACGUCUCGCUGAACGCGAUCUGCACGACGAUGAUACGCGCCCUCCCCCCGCAGCCCUUCUCCCUCGGGCUCCCCUUCCGACGCCGCAUCGCCGUCCCCGAAUUCGAGUUCAGCGGACGCAUCCUCGCCACAGGGACGCAGGUGCCCGUCACCCGACCCGAACUGACCCCCUCCACCCGAGUCGCAGGCUGCGUCUCCGAGCAAGAAGUCUUCGGAACAGGGAAAGGCGCGCUCGCCGAGCGGUUGGUCGCGCCAGCUAGCCAGGUCAUCGCGCUGACCAGUAGCCCCCUGCCCCUUCACCCCUCACCCUCCGCCCAGUCACAAUCCCAACCCGCAACCCCACCUGCACCUGCACCGCAACCAGAAGAACCACUAUCACCAUUAGAAGCAUCCGGCCUAACGGCCUGCGGCAGCACCGCCAUACAAACCCUCUCCCUCACCGGACUAAUAGCAGGGGACAAACUGCUCGUGAACGGGGGCAGCACGAGCGUGGGGAUGCACACGAUCCAGCUCGCACGACACAUUCUCGGCGCCACCGGGACGAUCGUCGCAACGUGCUCAUCGCGCAACGCGGCGCUGGUGGGCUCGCUCGGCGCCGACGAGGUCAUCGACUACGUCGCGCACGACCCGCUGCACGAGCAUCUCCGCGCCCACCACUCCCCCCCCUCCUCGGCUGCCGCAAAAACCCGCCCCUUCGACGCGAUCAUCGACUGCGUCGGCGACGCCUCGCUCUACCGCCACUGCGCGGCGUACCUCGCCGAAGGCAAACCCUUCAUCAAUCUGGGACAGAUGAACGCCGCGCCCGGGUUCUGGGGCCAGCUCGCGUGGGCGUGGGAGCAGGUGGCGCUGCGGUUUUGGCCGGUCGUGUUCGGGGGCGUGCCCCGCGGGUAUCGGUUCUAUAGCGGGCGGCCGCGGGCGGAGGAUAUGGGGCGGGUGCUGCGGUUGGUGGAGCGGGGGGUGGUGCGGGUGGUCGUGGAUUCGGUGUGGGGGUGGGGGGAGGUUCCUAAG